GCGCGGAGGAGAGAGAGCGGGGCGCUUGCUCGGGGCUGGGGGGAGGCGGUGGCGAAGAAGGAGGAGGAGAAGAAGGAGGAGCUGGGACAGCAGGAGGCAGCGGCCGCGACCCGGCUGGGGUGAUGGUGCAGGUGCCCGGGGCCCGCGAGGAGCUGCCCGGCUGAGGGGCGCCUGGUCCGGGGUCCGCAGCGCCGCCGCGUCUCUCCCGGGGGCGGGCGGGCGGGCGGGCGGGAAGAUGCUGAGCAGGUUGAUGAGCGGCAGCAGCAGGAGCCUGGAGCGCGAGUACAGCUGCACCGUGCGGCUGCUGGACGACAGCGAGUACACCUGCACCAUCCAGAGAGAUGCCAAAGGCCAGUACCUGUUUGACCUUCUUUGCCACCACCUGAACCUUCUUGAGAAAGACUAUUUUGGGAUCCGCUUUGUGGACCCAGAUAAGCAGCGGCAUUGGUUGGAGUUCACAAAGUCUGUGGUGAAGCAGUUGAGAUCGCAGCCUCCGUUCACCAUGUGUUUCCGCGUGAAGUUUUACCCUGCAGAUCCUGCUGCGCUGAAAGAAGAAAUAACCAGGUAUUUAGUCUUCCUACAGAUCAAAAGGGAUCUCUACCAUGGCCGUCUCCUCUGUAAAACAUCAGAUGCUGCCUUGUUAGCAGCUUAUAUCCUUCAAGCGGAGAUUGGGGAUUAUGACCCAGGGAAACACCCUGAAGGCUACAGCUCCAAGUUCCAGUUUUUCCCAAAACAUUCAGAGAAGCUGGAAAGGAAAAUUGCUGAGAUUCACAAGACAGAACUCAGUGGUCAAACACCAGCAACAUCAGAGCUGAACUUUUUAAGAAAAGCACAGACAUUGGAGACGUAUGGAGUGGACCCUCACCCAUGUAAGGAUGUGUCAGGAAAUGCUGCAUUUCUGGCCUUCACUCCUUUUGGGUUUGUCGUUCUGCAAGGAAACAAGAGGGUCCACUUCAUUAAAUGUAUCCUGUUUGCCUCUUUUACUGCAGCCAUUCACUGGGCUGGUGGCUUCAAGGAUUUUUCUACAAAAACCCCUAAGCCCCUUUCCUGGAAUGAGGUGACCAAGCUGAAAUUUGAAGGAAAGACUUUCUAUUUAUACGUAAGUCAGAAAGAGGAAAAGAAAAUUAUUCUCACAUAUUUUGCUCCAACUCCAGAAGCAUGCAAGCACCUUUGGAAAUGUGGAAUCGAGAACCAAGCCUUCUACAAGCUGGAGAAGUCAAGCCAAGUCCGCACAGUGUCCAGCAGCAAUUUAUUCUUUAAAGGGAGCCGGUUUCGAUACAGUGGCCGAGUUGCAAAGGAAGUAAUGGAGUCGAGUGCAAAGAUCAAACGGGAGCCACCAGAAAUACACAGAGCAGGGAUGGUUCCCAGCCGCAGCUGUCCCUCCAUAACCCAUGGCCCAAGGCUGAGCAGUGUCCCUAGGACCCGGAGAAGAGCUGUUCACAUCUCCAUCAUGGAAGGCCUCGAGUCCCUCCGGGACAGUGCCCAUUCCACGCCAGUGCGUUCCUCCUCCCACGGGGACACCUUCCUGCCUCAUGUGAGAAGCAGCCGGGCAGAUAGCAAUGAGCGAGUCGCCGUGAUUGCAGACGAAGCCUACAGUCCUGCAGACAGUGUGCUGCCCACCCCUGUGGCUGAGCACAGCCUGGAGCUGAUGUUGCUUUCCCGGCAGAUCAAUGGGGCCACCUGCAGCAUCGAAGAAGAGAAGGAGUCUGAAGCCAGCACUCCAACAGCUACAGAGGUGGAGGCCCUUGGGGGAGAGCUGAGGGCCCUGUGUCAGGGGCACGGCAGGCCAGAGGAGGAACAGAGUGGGCAUCUGAAGGGACCACCGCUACCGCAGCAGCAGCAGCAGGGGUGGGGUAAGUCUGUCCCCUUAGACUAGAGAUCCUAGUGGGCAUCGCCAUGAGUUUUAUAUAAUGAACUUAGACUUCUGUGAUUUUUUUUUUUUCCUGAAGAACCUCAAGAUUUUUAUAGUGCUUCAGAGACAUUAGUUGAAUUCAGUGGUGCCUGAGAUAAGACUGUCAGAAAUGUCGGACAAAGUGUAGUUAACAGAAACGAGAACUUAGGUACCUAAGAAACUGUUGAGAUUCAGAGAGCAGUACCUAUUUUGUACCCCCCCCAAAAAAAACUAUUUCAAUUUAUAUUUUAACAAGAUGUUAUUUUCUUAUCAAUUCAUAUUUUGUUUUUACUUUAUGGAUUAAGAAAAUAGAGCCUGAUGAACUAAAUGAUGCAAGAAAGAAACUAAUCUUGAGAAUGAAAAGCUUCAGAAAAGAGAAUUCCAAGAUCAACAAAGAGCCUUGGAAGGGACCAAGAAAAGGAUUUCUUUAAAUAGGCAUACUAAAAGAUGCCUACAAAAGAAAGAAAGCAAACGUGGCAGAAACCAACAAUUAGAUGUAGAAAUACUGCCCCCUAGGGUCAUCCUCUGCAUCAGGAAAAUAAGAGUUGUAGGAAAGUAUUUGCCAUUCUUGCUGAGGGAAGCUGUGGAAGCAUGCAAAGCAUAGCAUGUGAAGGGUGAGUGUGGGGUCCAAGGCCCAAGCUCUGCAACUCUUAACAACCACUCACAUACAAGAUCUCGUUUUCAUCUCAGGGAGAGAUUUCUAAGUCAUCUGGGGCCUGAGGACUUAUUUAAGGAUAGUCCGUAGACAUAUUCCUGGGACCCACACAAUAGUGGAGUGGCUGCUAACAUCACGUGAUGUUGGGCAGCCCCAAAUGCAGAACAGGAUGAGUCACUUGAAGAUUUGCUCUCCCCUAAUUUGUCCCCUGAAAUAGCAGAAUCAUGUCCAUGUACAGAGUAUAACAGACAUGGAAUUGACAGGGGGUACAGGGUGGGGGGAGUGGAUUGUACAAUUCUAAAUGCCCUUUCAUCUAGACCAGGGGUUGGCAAACUUCUUCUGUAAAGUGUCAGAUAGUACAUAUUUUUUUUAUUUUGGUUUUGUGGGCCAUACUCUGUGGCAACUACUCAACUCUGCCAUCAUAGCACAAAAACAGCCAUAGGUAAUACAUAAACAAGGAAACAUGGCUGUGUUCUAUAACAGUUUAUUUUUAAAAAGACAGCUGAAUUUGGACCACAGGCCAUAAUUUGCCAUCCCCAAUCUAGACAAUAAAACUGCUCCUUACCAGUAUGUUAGCAGAAAGGGGGUCGGCUCUGCUCCCAUUCCUGACUUGCUAAAGGCCCAGGACCAUUUCCCAGUGGAGGCACUGGGGUUGCUUGUUUAAAGGGUGCUUGAACAACCAACCAGCAAAGAGGUAACUGAUGCCAAGAUGAGCAACAUCAAGUGUUUAAAUGCUAAAACUCCACCAGAAGCUAAGAAUGGAAGAGGAAUGUCUGAUCAUUUCCAUACCAGCGACAAUUAGGGCAGAAUUACAAACAUCUAUUUACCAAGUGACAAGACAAACUGAAGGAGAUCCUAGUAAAACUUAGGGAUCACUUAGAACCAACUAUCCACUGCCACUUGUCAUCUACACAGGAAGGCUUUAUUUAGCACAGGACUGAAGUGAAAAGUAGACUCAGAGAUAAAAAGGCUGUCAGGAGAUAGGGGGCUGGUUUUAACCUGGAUAUCUACUGUCUUAUGCAACAUAGCAGAUUACCUUUUAGUGUAGUGUUCCUACCUCAGUCUGUAGAAUAUGGUGUUUCUAUGCAGUGAGUGAUAACCUUGACAGUGACCUUUCAUAUUCACAUUAAAGAGAGAUACAAUAUUCCAUUUCCUGGUAUGUUACUUGUGUCUAGAGUUCUAACAGUACAAUAGUCCAUACCACUUCCAACAGCUGGAUUUUGCUCUCUGAACAGAAACUUUUGGGUUAUUUUUUUCCAGGGCUUACCCCAGAAAAUACAGAUAGUAAAAUUUCCUUCAAUUUGCUUUUCAAGUAGCGCUUGAAUAACAAACCUCCUUUGUUGGUGACUAGUCUUUUUGGUAUCUCCCCAUCGUUAAACAUUGUUCAGAUUUUUAACCUGGUUUUACUGUGUUCCACUAUGUCUCCCAUUUUCUCUCAAAAUUAGUUUGAUCUCAUUGUAGAAAAAAACAAUGGAUUCCAUAGCUUCAUCCAUCAGAGGAAAUAAAACUCUUACUAAAGAAUAGUGUACUGCAUCUUUAAGCAGUAGAAGGUAAACUACCUGCAAAUGUGAAUUUCUUAGUUUCAUUAAAAAGUAUAGUUGUAAACCUUUCGUGUGCCAAAAAUUCUAAGUUAUACUUUCCUUCAAAGCAAUGUACUUUUUUCUACAUAUGCAGUAUGUAGUUAGCAUAAAAUCAUUGGUGCCAUGAAAAUUAUUUUUAAACUUAAAUAAAUAUUUAAAUAUCAUUGAAGAGUGGACUCU